AUGCACCCGAGAGAUGGGCUGCGGAGGCAGCACUCCCGGCAGUCCAGCCCAGUGGGGUCGGUGGCAACAAAAGCAGCAGGAGAGAAGGUGAGGGAGCAGGGCAAUGGGAGGGCAGCACAUACGGCGGUGCGUGCAGCAACAGGGAAGGCUACGUUGGGAGGGGUGGAGGCAGCAGGAGGGCGAGCAGCAGGUGUGGGGUGGGGUUCAGGGCGUGGUGGCGGUGGUGCGAGUGGCAUCCGUGAGCCUGGGCAGAGCAGGGCAGCGCACACGGCUGCAGCGGCUAAGGCAGCGCAGGCUGCGCCUCACAGCACUCGUAAACCGGCUGCUCCAGCAGCAGCAGUGGCCGCCACUCGCAUUCCCAAGCCACGCCCAGCAGCAGCCAGUGGCAUUCCCAAGCCACACAGUACAGCACCCAAGGGAAGCAGUGCAUGGCUGGUGGGGGCUGGUGGCAGGCGCAUGGCUGGUGGGGGCUGGUGGCAGGCGCAUGGCUGGUGGGGGCUGGUGGCAGGCGCAUGGCUGGUGGGGGCUGGUGGCAGGCGCAUGGCUGGUGGGGGCUGGUGGCAGGCGCAUGGCUGGUGGGGGCUGGUGGCAGGCGCAUGGCUGGUGGGGGCUGGUGGCAGGCGCAUGGCUGGUGGGGGCUGGUGGCAGGCGCAUGGCUGGUGGGGGCUGGUGGCAGGCGCAUGGCUGGACUUACCCCUUUUGGCACCCUGCUUGCAGGGUGUUUUGGGAGAGAUGGUAGGAGAGGUGGAGGCAUGUGGCCAGCUUGACUGGAGGGUGCUUUGUAGUGAGGCUGGUGGCUAA